AUGUACUCCAAGUGUGGGGUCGUUGAAGAUACAAGGAAAUCCUUCAAUGCAACUCCAAGAUGUAGCACAAUCACGUGGAACUCAAUUAUAUUUGGCUAUGCACAACAUGGACAAGGUAAUAUCGCUCUUGAUAUCUUCUUGGAGAUGAAUGAAAAGAAUGUAAAACCAAAUCACAUAACCUUCGUAUCAGUUCUCACUGCAUGUACUCACAUUGGUUUGGUGGAAAAAGGUUGGAGAUAUCUAAACAAUAGGGAACCUAAAUAUGGUAUUCGACCUAGAAUGAAGCAUUUUGCAUGUGGAGUUGACCUGUUGGGACGCGCUGGACAUGUCAGAGAAGCAAAAAAGUUAAUUGAGUCUAUACCAUUUGAAGCUGAUGCAACGGUGUUGAAGACCCUGUGGGGUGGUUGUAGGCUACAUGGUGACAUAGAAUUGGAUACUAAGAUAGCGAAACACUUGCUAAUCUUGGAGCCUGAUGAGCACUGCACAUAUUUCCUUCUCUCUAGAAUGUAUGGUCAUCUGGGAAGUUGGGAGGAAAAGGUUUCUAUAAAGAGGUUGAUGAAGGAUAGAAUGGUGAAGAAGGUUCCUGGUUGGAGUUGGAUUAAAGUGAAAAACGAGGUUCAUUCUUUCAAUGCUGAAGAUCGGUCAUAUCCUCAACAUGAAGAGGUCUACCAAAGAUUGGAAGAACAAAUGGAAGAAAUUAGGUGGUUGUACGAUGGUGAAGAUGGGGAAUUUUUAAACACAUGA